AUGUCCUGGACAAGAAAGAUUCUACUCAUCCUGGGAUUCCUCUCUACUUUGGCUGUAAUUGCUUUAAUUGCUGUAGCAGUGACCCAAAACAAGCCACUUCCGAAGAAUAUUAAGUAUGGGAUUGUGCUGGAUGCGGGGUCAUCCCACACUAACCUGUACGUGUACGAGUGGCCAGCAGAGAAGGAGAACGACACUGGGGUGGUGCAGCAGGUGGAGGUGUGUAAAGUCGAAGGCCCUGGGAUCUCAGGUUACUCCCAUGCCACAGAGAAGGCAGGUCCUUCUCUGGCAGAGUGCCUACGACAAGCAGAAGAGGUGAUUCCCUCAAAGCAGCACCAAGAGACACCCGUCUACCUCGGAGCAACUGCCGGCAUGCGGCUUCUCAGCUUGGAGAAUAAAAGUGCAGCUGACAAAGUCUUGUCCUCAGUAGAGAAGACGCUACGCUCAGCUCCCUUCAACUUCCAGGGUGCCAGAAUCAUCAGUGGUCAGGAAGAAGGAGCCUAUGGAUGGAUCACCAUUAACUACCUGCUGGGCAAUUUCAAGCAGUCUGGCUGGACAAAACUUCUACAUUCCCUGAAAUCCAUAAGUGAGACAUCAGGAGCGCUAGACCUCGGAGGAGCCUCAACACAGAUUACCUUUGUACCAAAUCAACUCUCUUCUGAGUCCCCAGAGAAUCUGCUCUACUUUCGUCUCUAUGGCAAGGAUUACCUAGUGUACACGCACAGCUUUCUCUGCUAUGGGAAGGACCAGGCUCUGCAACAGAAACUGGCCAGGGACCUACAGACUGUGGAGAGCAGCAGCCUCCUUGAUCCGUGCUUUCACCAGGGGUAUCAGAGGACUAUAAAUAUAAGUGACCUCUUCAAAAACCCUUGUACAUCAGCUGAGAAAAAGCAAUUCCCUUUCAGCCAGCUGUACGUACAGGGAGAGGGAGAUUAUCAAAAGUGCCGAAGAAACAUCCAGAAACUCUUUAACAAAACCAAUUGUCCUUACUCCAGUUGCUCCUUCAAUGGGAUAUACCUACCUCCAUUACAAGGGGAUUUUGGGGCUUUUUCUGCUUUCUACUUUGUGAUGAACUUUUUGAACCUGACCAGUGAACAAAGCCCCGUUGCCCUGGACAAAGUGGCCAGCGCCAUCGAGAGCUUCUGCGCCCGGCCUUGGCAUGAGGUGAAGACAGCGUAUCACCAAAUAAAAGAAAAGUACCUGAGCGAAUAUUGCUUCUCUGGAGCCUACAUCCUCUCUCUCCUGGAAAAUGGCUACGAAUUCACUGAAAAGAACUGGCAAAGGAUCCACUUCCUUGGAAAGAUCGGCAGCAGCGAUGCGGGCUGGACCCUGGGCUACAUGCUGAACCUGACCAACAUGAUCCCCGCAGAGGAGCCUGCUGUGCCCCCUCUUUCCCACGGCAGCUACGUGGGGCUGAUGGUGCUGUGCUCCCUCGUGCUGGUGUUAGUGCUCCUGUUUGCCUGGCUUCUCUUCCACAAGCCCAAGUGCCUGCAGAAGGGAAUUGUUUAGGAAAAGCCUUGGGGUGAGAGGGGCCACGUCACCCUGGCCACUCAGGGCUAAGAGACCCCAGCAGAGCAGGCUGUACUGCAGAGCCCCUCUUGCCUCUCACUGAAGCUACUGACUGUGUACAACAAGGGCAUUUAUUCCUUCUGACUCACACUUGCACUGACAGAUGGUGGGACAUCAGGCUCGCCACCUCUCUCUACCAAGGACAGACAAGCAGGUGUCCCCUCCUUGAAUGGGUCGUACUUUCAUUCAAUGAAACUUUGCUGCUUGUUGUUUUUUGCCUUGUGCACAGCAUUAUAAAGAGAAAAAUGGCAGCAAUCUUUGGGAGCCGGUGCUCCUGCAAGGGUAAUCUCAGGGUCACAUAUCCCACUGAGCUCUUGGGAGCAAUCACACACAGGGUGAUCCUGCUCCUCCUCUGCUGAAGCCGUUCCCGAGAGCCCUUCCCGCACCAGCACACCUCCACUCGCCUCCCCGCGCCCUGAGCCCUCGCAGCCCUACAGCCGCGUACGGCCACCUGCAUCUGGCUGGCCCCUGAAGGCUGGCCAGGCUCCCAAAUGCCACUCUGGGAAAAGAAGGGAUGAGGAUGAAGAAACUGAAUGUGCUGGUGGUCAUCAGCCCUUAGCUGGGCUCCGGUGGCUGUCUGCUCCUUUCGCAGGUGGCAAGAAGCCUCUUUCCCACGUCUUCCUGAUGUUGUUGCUGGACCAAAGCUGGCUCACUGUUACACUGAGCCAUUCCCAUGUCCCUAGGGUACAUCAAGACAUGAGUUCCCAGCCAAGCAUUGCUG